GUGCGUUCCUCAUCCCCUACUUGAUGAUGCUGGCUCUGGCCGGGAUUCCCAUUUUCUUCCUGGAGGUCUCCCUGGGGCAGUUCGCCAGCCAGGGCCCCGUGUCGGUGUGGAAAGCCAUUCCCGCCCUGCAAGGCUGUGGCAUCGCGAUGCUGAUCAUCUCGGUCCUGAUAGCCAUAUACUACAACAUUAUCCUCUGCUACACGCUUUUCUACCUUUUUGCAUCCUUCGUCCCCGUGCUCCCCUGGGCUUCCUGCAACAAUCCCUGGAACACGCCAGACUGCAAAGAUAAAACCAAACUUUUGUUAGAUUCCUGCAUUAUUGGUGACCACCCAAAAAUACAAAUCAAGAACUCCACUUUCUGUAUGAGUGCCUAUCCAAACCUGACUAUGGUUAACUUCACCAGUGAAGGCAACAAAACCUUUGUCAGUGGAAGUGAAGAAUAUUUCAAGUACUUUGUACUGAAGAUUUCAGCAGGGAUUGAAUAUCCUGGUGAGAUCAGAUGGCCUUUGGCACUGUCUCUUUUCCUAGCUUGGGUGAUUGUCUAUGCUUCCCUUGCUAAAGGAAUCAAGUCAUCAGGAAAAGUUGUGUACUUUACAGCUACGUUCCCCUAUGUAGUUCUCGUAAUCCUUCUUAUAAGAGGAGUAACUCUACCUGGAGCUGGAGCUGGAAUCUGGUACUUCAUCACGCCAAAGUGGGAGAAGCUAAUUGAUGCUAUGGUUUGGAAGGAUGCUGCCACUCAGAUUUUCUUCUCCUUAUCUGCAGCAUGGGGAGGCCUCAUUACUCUCUCUUCUUAUAACAAAUUCCAUAAUAAUUGCUACAGGGACACAUUGCUAGUCACAUGCACCAACAGUGCCACAAGUAUAUUUGCAGGUUUUGUCAUCUUCUCAGUUAUUGGCUUCAUGGCAAAUGAACUCAAAGUGAAUAUUGAAGCUGUGGCAGACCAAGGUCCUGGAAUUGCUUUCGUGGUUUAUCCAGAAGCCUUAACUAGGCUUCCCCUCUCACCAUUCUGGGCUAUAAUAUUCUUUUUGAUGCUACUGACUCUUGGAUUGGACACUAUGUUUGCUACUAUCGAGACUAUAGUGACCUCUGUUUCGGAUGAGUUCCCCAAAUACUUACGUACACACAAGCCACUGUUCACUCUUGGGUGCUGCAUCUCCUUUUUCAUCAUGGGAUUUCCUAUGAUCACUCAGGGUGGAAUGUAUAUGUUACAGCUUGUGGACACUUAUGCAGCUUCUUACUCUCUUGUCAUCAUUGCCAUCUUUGAGCUGGUUGGAGUUUCCUAUAUAUAUGGAUUGCAAAGAUUUUGUGAAGAUAUAGAAAUGAUGAUUGGAUUUAAGCCAAGUAAAUUCUGGAGAGUCUGUUGGGCAUUUGUAACCCCAACUAUUUUAACAUUUAUUCUUUGCUUCAGUUUUUACCAAUGGGAACCAAUGACUUACGGAGCUUACCAUUAUCCAGGCUGGUCCAUGGUGCUUGGAUGGCUGAUGCUGGCCUGCUCAGUUAUCUGGAUCCCAGUUAUGUUUGUGAUAAAAAUGCAUCUAGCCCCAGGCAAAUUUAUUGAGCGACUCAAGUUGGUGUGCUCUCCACAGCCUGACUGGGGUCCGUUUUUGGCCAAGCACCGCGGUGAACGUUACAUGAAUAUGAUUGAUCCACUGGGAACCUCUUCCCUGGGACUUAAACUGCCAGUGAAGGAUAUAGAACUGGGCACCCAAUGCUAA